AUUUCCUGUCGCGCAUGCGUACAGUCGACACCGACGCUGGUGUGUUGACAAAUACCGGGGGAGGGACCACUGCGGCUCUGGCUGUGGGCGCGAGUGAAGGCGGUCUCCUUGUCCAAGAAGACUGUCUGCAGACAUGAAGAGCCAACAGAAGAGCCCUGAACCAGAUGAGAGUGUUACCAUCAACGAGGAAGGGUCCGUGGCCACGGCAGAGGACCCGGCAGCUAUUGCCACCAUUCAGUCUGCUGCCACCUACACUGACCAACCCAUCAAAUAUCUCUUCAAGACAGAAGGAGCCGGGGGGCAGGUGACCUACAGAGUGAUCCAGGUGUCAGAUGGCCAGUUGGAGGGUCAGACAGAUGGAGCUGCAGCGGUCAGCCUGGUCACCGGUUUCCCCGCAACAACUCAGACUGUCACACAGGCUGUGUUCUCCCAGCCUGAGGGGUUGGAGGGAGACGGCAGCGCUGAGACGCAGUACACCUACUACCCUGCCACCAUCGCAGACGCUACCACUGGCACCAUGGUGACCACAGUGCAGGCCUCUGACACACUGCUGGGCCAGACCACACCCACAGGGCAGCUUUAUGUGAUGAUGUCACCCCAGGAAGUUUUGACGGGUUCAAAUCAAAGGACAAUCGCACCUCGCACUCAGCCAUACAUAGCAAAGCAAGAAGCUCCUCGGGGUUCCAGAGAUGAUAAACGGCGAGCCCAGCACAAUGAAGUUGAGCGCCGGCGCAGAGACAAGAUCAACAACUGGAUUGUGCAGCUGUCAAAGGCCAUCCCAGACUGUAACAUCGACUAUACCAAGACAGGACAGAGUAAAGGAGGAAUCUUGUCCAAAGCCUGCGAGUACAUCAAGGAACUCCGACAGAGCAACCUGAAGCUGGGGGACGAUAUCAGCACUCUGGAUCGUCUCAGGAUUGACAACCAGCUACUUAGACAGGAGGUGGAAGAUUGGAAGUCCAAGAAUCAGAUCCUGAGGAACCUGCUGCGACAGCAUGGCAUUGUGGGAUCAUCCAGCACAGACCCCCAGUGAGAAGCCUGAUGCCAACGGGUAUUUGAACGGGCCAAAAGAGUACUUGAAAUGCUUUGAGAUACUUUAUUUGUGAUCGAGAGUGCAUGAAAUAGGGGGAAAUAAUUGAAUAUUGUCAUUAAUAUUCAAAUCCAGCUUCUUUGCCUAAUGACACCUUUGAAUAUUAUCUUUGAAGCUUUUUACAAAAUGGAAAUCCUUUGCCUGGUGAAUCCAACCCAAUCAUAAUAACACGGUGUAUUUGAGAAGAGAGUGUGGAAAAAAAAACUUUAGUUACAUAAGUCAUCCAUUUAAUGAGUUUAACAAAGCCCUCAUUGAAUGCCUCCCUCCACAAACAUUAUGAUUGUUCAUUAACCUCCAGUACAGUAAGCUCUUAAACAAGACCAACUACUCAUGUCAGUUUCUUUCUCUUAACCUCUGCAGUACUGUGCUUCUUUAUCAAAUGCACUCAUGUUAAUGUCUCAGAAAAAAAACAAAAAAAACAUUGUAUUCAUGCUUUUUCAUCUGAUCAAUAUCACUUUGACCAGUUGAUACCAAGUUUUGUCAUCCAGUUCAGCUCUUUCGCUUUGUAUUUUUGUAUGUUUCAUGAAACCUCACUGGGGUCAAUAAUUGCAUUGCAACAAUGUAACUAACUAAAUAAACAGGGGUUGGUAAGCAUUGCAUUGUAGGUAGGCUCUCUUUGUCUUUAUAAUAAAAAAACCCACAAAUAAUAUACUGUAUGUCAUAAUCCACUUUCAGUUGUGUUUAUUAAAGUUGGUAAAUUGGUUAAAA